CUCGACACUAACAAACUUUUCUAGUAUUGGUGGUUAUUCUCUUCUAGCUGUUCAGAUCUAUCAGGAUUAUCGAACAUUAUUUGAUUUUGAUAGUGCAACAAUAAAUAGUCGAUUAUUCUUUGAACAUAAUACUAUAGCCAAACAUGCAGCACUACUACAAAAUAUUAAGAUCAAUCGUAUACAAGCAAAACAAUGGCAUACACUAUAUAUUAAUCAAGGUAUUGCAUCAUAUGUUCAGCAACGCAUAUUUCUUCAUGAGAAAAUGCGCUUUUCCGGAGAAAUUGCCAUUUACAAUGAGCUGAUUGUUCUACAAAUUACAAGAGGUUCAUUAUCAGUGAAUCGUUUAUUGCAAGCACUUCGCUGGGUCCUAAGCAAACACAAGAUAUUAAGAACUUCUUUAGUCUUCAAUGAUGAGGAUAGUAUUUUAAAACAAUCUAUCACUGAUAAACAUCUAACAUUUACAUUAGCUGCCGAUCAAACAUUCCGAAGUGAAACUGAACUUCAUAACAUUAUCUCACAAAUAAAGACUAACCCUAAUUUGUUCGAUUUGUCAAGUGGUCGUGUUUUUUAUUGUCAAAUUCUUAGACAACAGAUGACACCUAAUGAAAAUAAUAAUAAAGAAGUUAUUACAAAUUCUGAUGUUCUCGUUAUCGGCUUUCAUCUUGUUGCAUUUGAUCAAUCAAGUGUCUCAAUUCUUUUAAAUGAUCUAUGUAAUAUUUACAAUAGUAGCGUGACGUGGUUAGAUGAUGAUGAAGAAUCAUUACGAUAUAUUGAUUAUAGUGUUCAUGAGCGUCUAAUUGACAUGACAUCAUCACAUAAGUUCUGGCGUUCUCAACUGAAUGGAUACAAUCCAGAAUUUCGAUUGUCAUUGCCAGUAGAUCGACAUUGCAUACAUAGUGAUCAACGAUCUGGAUAUGCUUCCAUUGCUCGUACCUCAUUUGAUAAUGAGAUCUCGACAUCAUUCCUCAAUUAUGCAUCUUCACAUCAAGUUACACCAUUUCAGUUAUGUCUGGCUACAUUCUAUGCAUUUCUAUUCAAAUUAACAUAUCGACAAAAUGAUUUAUGUAUUUCCUGUCUCAAUGCUAACCGAUACAGAACUGAAUUACAGAAUAUGAUUGGAAUGUUUGUUUCAACAUUACCAUAUCGUAUUCAAGUUCAUUCUGACUGGUCGUUUGGUGAACUUCUUGAACAUGUGCGGGAAAGAUGUUUAUCAGCUCUUGAACAUUCUCAUUAUCCACUACAACAGAUUCUUACUGACUGUCAACUUAAACAAUCAAAUACUCCCUUUCUUGAAACACUAUUCAAUUUUAUCACACUCUCCGAAAAAAGUCAGUGGUCUUUUGACACAGCAGUGUUGCAGCAAUCACCAAUACCGCAAUCUUAUGGUGCUGUUAAAUUUGAUUUUGUGCUGACUUGCCUAUACAAUCCAACAUCCGAUGGAAGUAAACUAUCAUUUUGUCUAAACUGCUCGCGUGAUCUACUUGAUGAAACAACAGCUAUAGUCAUAGUUCAAAGGUUCAAACAUCUCGUCGAUCAACUUUUUUCACCAAAAUUAAUUUCCGAUGAAAUUAAUCCAAGUCUUACAUCUAUAUCGAAACUUAGUUUGAUUCUACCGGAAGAAGCUCAAGAAAUUGAAAAUACUGCCUUUUAUCGACAACAGAAUAUUGUCAAUGAAGCGCCAGCAUCAUAUGCACAAGCUCGCAUUUUGUUUGAAGAACGAGUUCGAUUUGAUCCACAUAAACCAAAACUUGCAAUCUACAAUAUGCCUUUUUUCUACCGUCUUAAUAAACGACAUACUUUAUCAAUACAACAACUUCGACAGGCUCUUCAGCUGACUGUUAGAAAACAUCAAUCAUUUCGUACAUUACUUAACUUUCAUGCAGAAAAGGACUCAUUUAUGCAACGAAUUGUUGACAUCCAUUUUGAUAAUAAUAGAUCGCAUGCAUUCAUCGAAAACAUUUACGAAACGCAGCAGCAACUCAAUGAUAUUAUGCAUGAAGAAAAAUAUAAUCCUCAACUUUUUGAUCUUGAAAAGGGUACCAUUUUUCGAUGUCAUCUUGUUUAUUACAAACAAAUCUCUUCAAAUGAUCUACUUUCUGACCAAGAUGUAGUCAUUUUCAAUGUUCAUCAUGCUUUAUUUGACUUUCGAUCAAUGAAUAUCUUUCUUCAUGAUCUCAAUCAAGCAUAUACAACAGGCCAACUAUUAUAUGAUGAUAAUACCAAUCUACGUUAUCUCGAUUAUGCUGUUAUUGAACAACAAAUGUCGAUGAGCGGUGCAAGUAUGUUCUGGCUUGAUGCUCUUCAUGAUUGUGAACUUGAUCAACCAUUAUCCUUACCAUAUGAUCGAUAUCGUCUUGCAAAUGAACAUCGAACUGGUCGUGGGACAUCUAUUUCUUUUGAUUUUGGUCAAGAUCUCUCACAUGACUUUCUUAUUUAUGCAUCAUCAAACAACAUAUCACCGGAACAUCUUACAUUUGCUAUUUAUUUCAUCUUUCUAUUCAAAUUAACAAAUGGACAAACAGAUCUAUGUAUUGCUCUGAACAUCAAUAAUAAUCGAUAUAGAGAUGAACUCAAAUCAAUCAUUGGACUGUUUGAGAAUGUCAUUCCAUUACGAUGUCAACUAGAUCCUCACUGGUGUUUUCAUCAAUUACUCGAACAUGUUCGGGAGGUAACAACAAAUAGUAUGAAAUAUUCAUAUUUUCCACUUCAACGUAUUCUCAAUCAACAUCCACAUAUUUCCAAGCCUGCAUUUCUUGAUACAUCUCUUGAAUUUAUAUCAUACAAGAGUAACAAUGAAAUGAUGAUUAGUGAUUCUCAACUUGUUCCAGGAUCUUUCUCAUUCAAUAUUAAUGAAGAUGAGAUAUUAAGUACAUCUGACUUCUCUCUUUCGCUUCAUCAUGGUAUGAACAUGAAUCAACUAUCAUGCACAAUCAAGGCAUCACUUGACUUGUUCAAUAGAGAGACAUUGGAGAAGAUUUCACAACGAUUUCAUUUUAUUUUACAUCAAUUAUCUGCAUCUAUUAUUGAUAGUCAAAUAAACAAACCUAUCUAUGAAUUAUCAUUAAGAUUAUCAAAUGAACAAUAUCCUGGGAUGUUUCGACCAUUUCAAGAUUGA